GCUUGUUCCACACGACCACUCCGGUUGGGGCUACUCAUCUGGCAGCAGGUGGUGUGACAUGUGCACCUCUUCUGCCGGUGAUUGUCAGUAAACAGCUCUGAGGUGCUCGCUCCAGACAGUAGAGGUUGGAAAAGUGACUCGGGAUGCUCGGUCAAUCUUCUCACCUUAUCGGGGGCAUCUUGUGGAUCCAGAAUCCAAUGAGAGCUGUUCACUGCAACCUGAGCCAGAAUGGCAUUGACCACCAGAUGUGCCCGGAGGACAUGACGUCACAGCUGGAGGAAGAGGAGGAGUUGGUGGACGAAGGGGCUCUGCUGCUGGACAACGACAGCCCGACCUACCAGGAAGUCAGCCCCCUCAUGUACCAGCGCCGCUCUCCGCCAAAGCGCUCCGUCUCCGAGUCUGAGCUGUCACGGCCAGGAUAUGUGAAGCUGUCCAAGCCGGUGGCCCUGUGGACCCAGCAGGACGUGUGCAAAUGGCUGAAGAAACACUGUCCCUAUCAGCACCAGAUCUACAGUGACUCCUUCAAACAGCACGACAUCACAGGGCGAGCUCUGAUGAGAUUGACAGACAGAAAGCUGGAAAGAAUGGGCAUCAUGCAGGAAGCCCAGAGGCAACACAUCCUGCAGCAGGUCCUGCAGCUCCGCGUCCGGGAGGAAGUCAGGACCCUUCAACUUCUCACACAAGCCUCUCUGGAGUGCACUCCGUCUUCACCAUAGACUGACUGAGGAGGACUACCCAGUCAUAAAAAGGACAAGGACAUCCACCGCCUUGCCCGCAUAACAACGCCCAAUAUGUGAUCAACAGACUUCUUCCAGGAACAAUCUCAGCUCUCUAUCACCUUUGGUCUUCAUCUUUAUCCAAUCUAGGAAAAACUCUUCUUCCAAGCCACUCCUGAGAAGCUCCCACAAGUUCUGACUCGCAGUCCAAAUACUCCUUACAGCUUCCUGGAAUCAGACCAAUAGUUUCCAUUGCAGGCGCCCUGUCUCCUUUUCAUUUCUGACCUUUGCAGAAAGACCUUCAGUAGACCUCUCACGCUAUAACUCCCACAAUUCUCUCAGAAUCACUCCCUUUUUCUCAAGAAACACGCAGCCAAGCCCUCCCAACAAAAAUUCAGACCCAAGUUUUAACAUUAGCCUUGGCUGGCUUUCCUUAAAGCGUUGUUACAGGGGAUAAUCUGUGCAUUAUUAGUGAUUAAUAGACAUUUUCUGUGUGUGCUUAUUGAUUUCAAGGGAAACCUACCCCACCCUUACAGUUAAAAGUAACAUCUAUAAUCUACUCCUUCAUGCAAACGCAGUCUCUUGGUCUGUUUGUGUAAUCUUAGGUCCUUCAUUGUACCACAUAAGUGUGUAUUUCCUCCCAUGAGUACUACUUGUGCUUGGGCUGAGCCUCUGCUUUUACUGAGAACUUUCAGUAGUUGCAACAUAAUGACAACAAUACAGCUCUCCUUCCCUAAUUGCAAAUGGAUGACCAAUCAACACAACCAUUGUGUGUUUCUGUGCUCUCAUUCUGUGCAUAGGUUCUGUAAAAGAUGUCCUGGUGAAGUAUCGGUAUCGCUGCCCACUUUUUGCCCUCUAUAUAUUCUGAAUCACUUAGGGUAGACAUUUUCCCUGAGAGAACUUCCCUGUGAAAACAAACAACAGUUGGGGAAUAAACACUGAACCUGGCAUCACAUUAGGUACGGUUAAGUUGGCUCCUCCGAAAUGAACGACAUCGCUGUGAAAAGCAAUCUGAAGGAGAUGAAGCAAAAAAUGGGAUGAACUGAAGGAAAUUCCCUUGGUGUUCCUAAAAGCCUUGUGCUAGUAGAUAAACCGGGAAAAGGGAGUGGCUGAAAGGAGAAAAGGAACAGGCACAUCAGAAGGGCUUCGAGAUGCUUCAACUUGAAACUCUGUUCUGCUAAUGAGGAGAGAAAGAGAAGAAAAGACACAUCACAGAUAACAAAAGAAGAAGCUUUUUCAUAUCCUCCCCUCUGUAUUGCUGACUCUUUUAUUGCUUUGUCUGCUUUCCAUCUCACUGCUUGAAACUAUUUUUAGAUGAGAUGUAUUGAAAAUAGUCUAGAAAGGAGACGUGCUGUGCGCAAAAGCUCAUCAUGAAGAUGUUGUCUGUCAGUCUAUUAGAAAAAUACACUGUAUUCUAUUUAUCUAUGUUGAAAAACUCUAAAUCUCUGCUGUCUAUGUGAAUAAUGGCCACUCACUGUUAAUAUUAUAGGUAUUUUAACUGCACUUAAAAGCACAUACAAAACAGCUGUUACCCGGACCAUCAUCAAUUUCUUUUAUGAGUGUAAAUACAUAUAAUCCUGAAUCCGUUAUAACGACCUCUCAAUAUCUGAUGCUGAAGUGUGAUAAUCAUCAAAAGCUCAUCUCAUAUCCACGCUGGUGUAGCAUGAGCUGUUGUCAUGGUAACAACAUCUUUUCUCUUCCUGGAUGGGAGCUGUCAAUCAGUGUAGCAUAAAAUAGCUGCUGCGGUUGGAGCAGGGAGGAAAAAAGGGGGUCAGCAACGGGCCCCGAGAGCCAUUGGGUUUUAAUGGUAUUUCAUUUGUACACUGGCCCCUCUGUGUCCAGCUAUUCAUUGUUUGGAUAGCAGCUGUAGCCUAAUGCGGCAAGGACCCGUGAGCAGAUUGAAUGGUAUUGAUCAGUUCUUCGGACAUGCAUUUGGUCCUCCAGGAAUCCAAAAGCCUCAAGGUGUGUGUGUGUGUGUGUGUGUGUGUGUGUGUGUGUGUGUGUGUGUGUGUGUGUGUGUGUGUGUUGUGUGUGUGUGUGUGUGUGUGUGUGUGUGUGUGUGUGUGUGUGUGUGUGUGUGUGUGUGUGUGUGUGUGUGUGUGUGUGUGUGUGUGUGUGUGUGUGUGUGUGUGUGUGUGUGUGUGUGUGUGUGUGUGUGUGUGUGUGUGUGUGUGUGUGUGUGUGUCAGUCUCAUAGGAAUGGAGUUGUUCAGGCUAAAACACAAGUGGCUAUUUCAUGGUCGGGUGGAGAUGCCAUGUCCAUGUCUGUCAAGGCCACAAGAGGAAGGAGUUUGGGGGGCGGGGGGGGGCUGAAGAUUCUGUUAAGUUGGAAUAUCUCUACCACUCGAUUUCAGUUUGGAAGCUGUCAAUAUGUGAACUGUGAGAAAUGGUUUGCAGUGGCAAAAGGUUGGUUAGUUUACCACCUGGCUUUAUGUAUGCUAAUGACCUUAAGCAGGAGCCUGACUCUAACAUUAGUAUUUUCAUUAAUAUGAUGUGUCGUAAUUGAUGAUGAAAUUGUGAAAAACAGAUUCAAUAUGACCUUUCAUUGGUGACGAAAGAAGACUAUGGCAUUUAAGUUUAUACACAGUAUGGUGUAUCAUAUAUGAAUCUACAGUCAACAGCCUGGUAGCUUAGCUUCACUUAGCAUAAUAACUGGAAAAAGGGUAACAGCUAACAAAAGGUCAUGCUCUUCUGUUCUAAUAUCCACGCAAAAAGGAAAAUAUAUCUUUUUAAACCUUCUUCAUUCGCUUUCUUGCCGAGAGUUAUAUUAUAAGUCAAUACCACUUUUAUUUUUGUUCAUUAAAUAUAAAGCUACAACCAGCCAUCAGUAAACUUAGCAUAAAUUGAAGAAUGGCUUUGUGUAGAGGUAUUACAAUUUGCCACAUUCUUUAAUUCUUAAUGCGUACAAAAACUGAAGGAAAAAGUGCAUAUUGACAAAGCCAGGUUAGUUGUAUCCAGUCUAUAAACCAAGCUAAUCUACUGCUGAGUACAGCGAAUAUUUAGUAAAAAUCAUCACAUUUAAGUCAGUGAAAGAAAUACAAAAAUAUUCCAAAAUACAAACUUCUUUAUAUUUAACUUUUUGCUUGGAUUUGGUCAGAAGUAUUACAAAUCUGCACAUAAGAGCCUGACAAAACCAAGGUCCAUGCAUUCCGAAAAUCUUGUUGGAAAAGCCCACAAGGCUGACUUCUUGUGAUCUUACAGAUAACAACCACUUGCAUUGAAUUUCAUCAUACUUUUGAUUGUGGCCCUGUAAAGAAAGUACUGUGUCUGUGUUCUCACUCAUUUGCAAUUCUACACUCCAAUGUGGUUGUAAAGGAUUAUUGAAAGUGUUGGUGUCCAAAUGUAUUCUCUCAAAGACUCUUUGAAAUUAAAUUUUGACAAAUUUCAUGCAGCUAGUCUAAACUUUGGGUCAAGGCCUAAAAUUGCUUGCAGGCUCUCCACUAAAUAAUAAAUGUAGCAGUGUCUUUUGGUGAUCCCAGGCUACACCACUAUAAUAACCCUGGAUGUAUGCAGUGAAGAGUUGAUUUCUUAUUGUUACUCUACAGAGAGUGUGCUGGCUCCCUACAUACAGACAGGGAGCAACGGAAUUCUCCUCCAGGGCCAUAUGAAAAAACAGUGUUUCUGGCUCUUGUAUCCAGGUAUAACCAGCUUGAGAUUUGGCAACUGUGCCAAGAUCUCCACUGACUUGCCUGCACUGGUUAAGCCCAUAGAGUCUACGUUUGGCACGCAAACAUGGACACUGAUACACUGAUACACCAGAAAAUGGCAGGCUAACUCUCACACACAUUGCACAACAAUUUUCAAACAUGCUGGGACGCACGUUCGACAGACACAAACCCAGACUUACAAGCAUAUACAUGGUGACACUAUAUACAUACAUAUUUCUCAACAAAUUAUCAGGCAGCCGCUCACGGGUUUCACAAUAGUUAUGCAAAAACAAACUAGAAGCAAACAUGUAAGUAACAACGUUAACACAAUCCAAAAUCGAGGACUAGAAAUCUAAAAAUGUUCUGCCAUGUUGACAGCAUGUUUGUUUUUGUAACCAACUGGCAUGCAGACCAAGUCUCUACUCCCAAUCCAGCUACAUACUGUAUAAGGUGCCUAAUGAUGGAUAUUAAUGAUGAUAUUGAUAUCAUGAGUGUAUAUAUAAUAAACAGAUUAAUCUUCA